CCUCAAUCAUCAUCCCCAUCACUAUCACCACCACCACCAUCACCAUCAGCAGCAGCAGCAGAUCAGCCACACCUCUCAAACUAAAGAUCCACCGCCUCCUUCAAGCACACCGCCCAAACACGGCGACGUGUCCACGCAGCAGACGCCACCACCGCCAAGCCCUUCAUCCAGAUGUCUGAGGCGCCAGGUGCUAGGAAGAGCACGGACUCGCGCCCUCGGUCGGCGGCGUGGUGAUCGACCAUGACCUCCUCCGAUCCAGUCUUCUCGGUUCCGGUGUCCCGUUCGACGAGGCGGCCAAAACGCCCACCGGCUCCAGUUGGACGCGCGCCGACCAAAGGCUCCCAGCACACUCCUCAGAAGCCGACACUUCCUCCCCCUGUCCUUCAAUGCUCGCUGUCUUCUCCGUCCCGCAACCCCCACACAGAGAGUGCUCGCUGUUCAUCGUCCAUUUUGCUCCCAAGCACCACCCCACAAUGACCUUCGCUCCCAAAGAAGCGAAAACGCACGCCCGGAGAAGACGCACAAGGACAGCGAGACCAGGAGAAAGCCAUCUCACUCGCGACAGGGCGGUGUCCACGACGCUGGCGACGGGCAGUCGAUUGGGUUUGGGAACAAAAACCCUCUCUGGCGAGGACUCUGCUGAUAUAGCUGCAUUCUCAACCCCUGCUCUUGAAAUUGGAGGUACCGGUAUUGCUGGGACCACUGGUCGUGAAAUUACGCUUCACCCCUUCAUUUCUGACAUCCAGGAGAGUCCAGGAGGGGAUGUGCUGAAGGCGAUGGUAGUACAGAUUCGCUAUUUGUGAGAACCACCCAGAAUGGCAAAGGAGACACCCUUGUUCGGGGAUUUCAGGUGUUUCUUGUCAGUUAAAAGAUCGUUCACGUCGACUCCUCCCACCACCGCAUAUUGCACAAAGGCCGUGUUCAUGCCUGAAGCCUCGAUCAGCAGCUGCUCCAGUCGGCUGGACAUCAACUAACUGGAGGACCUCGACUUGAUCAUUCUAUUACACGGAGGAGUCGAGUCGUGGGAACCACCAUUCACUGCGCUCCGGUUCUUGGUGCACGGCAUGGGGGGAGCAGGGUCUGGUCUGGACGGAGCCCGACGCCCGCAGAUCCAAGACAAGAUCGCCGGGCUCGAAAUGUCAUCCUGGGCCUGGACUCAGGAGUUGGCAUGCUGCUGCCAGACGUCUUGGUGGAGCUAUGGAUCGGAAGCGAGGCGGGCAGUUUUACUUCUCGCAAAACGUCUCCAACGGACAUGGAGGAGGAGCAUAGAGUCGAGUGCUAGGAGAGAGCGUCAGACAUCCCAUCAGACAAUCCAUAUGACACAAUCCUUUGGGGAUUAUAUAUCUGUCUGCUGCUGCGGCAUUUGAGGAAUGAAACGCCACG